AGACCGACCCGAGUCAGUCCGAGUCCUCGCUGCGGCUCGAAGUUCUGGAGACGAGCAGGGUCCGAGCAGACCAGAGUCCAGGAGGGUCAGACUGGAUCUAUAACUCAGCCACACGUGGACAGUAUUUCAGUUUAACCCCAGGCGGACGGGCACGAGGGCAGAAAGGACUCGGUUUGACUCGGCUUUGUUCGCUUCAGCUCCGGAUAUGUGUUAAAAAAUAGUUUCAUUUGUACUUUUUUGGAACAUUUUCGGUUGUUUCAUGUUCAAAUUUUUAUUGUGAGAGUUUCUUUGAAUUCAGACUGAAGAAGAAACUCAACCAACAGCUGACUGACGACACGUUGCGCAACCGAGACAACAAUAAUAACGAGACAAAGACGUCAUCACCGGACAGUCCGCUCCAGUCCUCCCAGUAGCUUUCAGAGCUGCUACCUCCAGUCGGACUCCAAACUUCAAAGGAAAAACCACUUGAUUUUUCAUGUCUUCAGAAACUUCUGCUUCACAGACAGACAGACCCUCCGCUCUGCUCUGACUCUACUGGGUUUUCUACUGAGUUUACUGGUUUCCUGUUGACCUGCAGCUCGAACCAGUCCGCCUAACUGAACAGCACAAGAUGAGCAUGGGCAUGACCGCAGCCAGGUCUCAGCUGUGUCUGAAGAGGUUACUGGACGAGCCGCAGGACAAUCUACUGAAAUGUAAAGUCGCCCGUCUGGAUCCGCACCCUCCCGCCACCGGCCUAUCACACUGCCUCAGGCCCAGGAGCCCCACCCCCGAGUCCAACCAGAGCCAAUCGCCAUCCAGAGUCGGAUCGUACUUCCUGUUUGAAUGUUAUGAGGGGGAGAAGACUUAUAGGGCCGAGCAUGAACACACAAAGCAGCAAUACACCUGCCAGGUUCUUCCUCUACGUGGUUACCAGGAACGCUUGGCUGCCUACGCCCGCAUCGGUCACCAUGACAACAUCUGUGGCCUGCUGGACGUGGUUAUCGGCCAGGACAGUGUGUACGUCUUCCUGCCCAGUCACCACGGCGACAUGCACGCAUUUGUGCGAAGCAGGAAGCGUCUCGGAGAGGAGGAGGCGGGGCAUCUGUUCACUCAGAUGCUGAACGCCGUGACGCACUGUCAUCAACACGGAGUCGUCCUGAGAGACCUGAAGCUCCGUAGAUUUGUCUUCAUCGACAAAUACAGGACUCGCCUCGCUCUGCUUGGCCUGGACGACUGCGUCCUCCUGCACGGAAACCAUGAGGACGACUCUCUGACGGACAGACACGGCUGCCCCGCCUACGUCAGCCCCGAGCUGCUGACCAGCGGGAACAGGUCUUACUCGGGCCGAGCUGUGGACAUCUGGAGCCUGGGUGUGUCUCUGUACACCAUGCUGAUUGGACGAUACCCGUUUCAGGACACGCAGCCGGCUGUGCUGUUCGCCAAGAUCCGCCGCGGGUCCUUCAGCCUGCCCGAGUGGCUGUCACCGCAGGCCAAGUGUCUGAUUGGCUGCAUGCUGAGGAAGUCGCCCGCAGAGAGACUGAAAGCCUCGGAGCUGCUGAUGCACCCGUGGCUGACCAAUCCCUGCAUGCCACAUCACAACACGCAAAAGACACAUCAAAGCUCACAAAAAACACUGCAGAAUAAACAAGAUGAUGAUGACCAGGUGGUGCCAACGUGGACUGAAAAACACUAACACACACAUUAGUACUUCUACCCUUGCGAGGACGCACAUUGCAUUGUCUAGACCCUUUUCUUAACUAAUUAACCCCAAACUCCAAAUAUAACCUGGUUUGGGGUUAACAAUCAACCUAAACCUGAAAGUCAAUCCCGAUCUGAACCCUCAAACAGCGCUCAGGCCAAAUGUCCUCACAAACAGUUAAAAACCUACACAGGUCCUCGCAAAGGUAGACAUACAAGAUCACACACAAACACACACUACAGAGACAGUCUGAUCCUGGAUUACUUGACCCGACCCUCAGGUGCCUUCCUGUUGCUGCGUCUCAAUUCAAGCUCUGCUGGAUUCCUAACAGCCACCAGUUUCACCAGAAAAGUACCACAGACACAAAGUGUGUUCAGGCGCUCUUUGUCUACUGGUGAAGAGGAGAAUUCAUUACAUCCCAGAAUUAAACUAAUGACUCCUUCCUAACAUCCUGCAAGGGAGAUGUGAUUAAACCACUUCUCAGCACCCGGUGACACGACUACUCUGAUUUAAUAGGUGAAUAAAGACCGCCUGAACACACCACUGGUUUUUAAAACUGGACUUUGAAGGAGGCGGAGCAUGAAAAUGGGACACAGUUUCUUUCGCUCAGAGUUUACACUUCUUGGUUGCUCCCUAGAAUUACAAGAGAAGGAUCGGUCAGUGUUGGAAAGUCACAAGACGUCUCUAAAAAUGAAAAUUACACAAGUUUAUAUUCAGCCUCAGUCUGAAUUUUAAACAUCAAAGUGUCUCAUCCUUUUCUGAUGAUCCCAGUUUUCUCGAAGCCGAGAGCCUCCGCGAUCUUUUUCAGUAUUUUUCAGGCCGUGUUAUCUCAUGAUCAAAACUUCAGUCACUCAUUUCCUCUGAAUUCAGUUUUUGUGGUGCUUAUAAAAAAGGGUUAUCCAGAAAAAUAAUAUAGUUCACUCAUAUCAUUAGAUAUAAAAUGCUGAAUAGUUGCCUUGAGAUGUGAUGUUCUAUUUUUCUUGGAUGUCAAAUAUGUUUACAAGUGCAACAAAAACAAUUAGAUGCAGGCAGGUUUAUUCUGGGACGCCUCUUGUUCCCGAGGACUGACUAUGUGACAAAAGUGGCUCUGAAUCAACUGACAUCCCAAAAUAACAGCACAGUGACGUGUGAUCAUAAGAAAACAAUGUCUGACGUAACAGUUAUAUUAACUCCAAUUCAUAAAUAGAGCAUGUUUAACUUGUAUUCAUGAGAUAACCGGACUAAAAGUAUUCCCAGCACUCUUGUUUUUUCCUUUGACCGAUCGCAACCCGACAGACCUGCAGCCAGCCAAUAGGAUGCCUUCUUCUGAAUCUGUCACUCAGACCUCACUUACAGCUAGAGAAUAAAUAAAGAUGUUUCACAAACGGC